GUCAAAAUAUUUGUAUACUCAAAGUUUGUAUGUAAAUCUCUUGAUCCUUUGAUUCAAUUCAAACCAGCAUAUUCUUGUGCCUUGUGCUCGCCUCCAUACCGAAUUAUUCAUCGGAACUGCUUAGCCGGGAAAAUCCCAAGCUUAGCAUAGAAAAAUCGAUCCAAGAUUCUCAGUCAGCUCUCAUAUAGUGGUCGCGUUAGGGUCGACUUUCGUUUUGGAGAAUAUAUACUAGUAUAUAUAUAUAGUCAUUAAGGUGCCAGAUCCUUUGGUGUUAUUUACAGGCAUAUAGUAAAAUGAACGGCGUAGGGCUUGUAAAGAGACAUUCGUUCCCACUACAAACCUUCACUUGGAAUGGAGUAAGGAGAAAUCCAGUCAGACUGAACAAUGAUGAUAUAAUAAACCAAUACAAAGUCAAAAAUGCACCGGUCAUAAACUCUGAGGGGACGACUGAAGAACGAGAGGCCAGGCUGGAAUCUGCUCUUGUUUGGAUACGAAAAGAACUGACCGACAUGCGUCAUCAAGACAAAUUUCUUACACGUCAAUUUAUUCAGCUAAGGACGACGAUACAACGCAUCAAAGACGAAAAUACCGCAAUGCUAGAAGAAAUGGAACAAAACGGAGGAGACGUUGCAGCUAACUUAAGCGAUUUAUCACCUAGAAAAAUAGUACCGAGGGCAAGAGACGGGAGACCGUUGAUACGAAAGAGUUACUCUAUGGUGGUCUAGCAACAUAUUGUAUUUAUAAUCCAGAACUCAUAAUCGCAGGAGUUUUCAAGAUAAUUUGCUUUGUGCGGAGAGAAAUGAUGAAUUUUUGGUAAUUUAAAGAAUGUUCGAUUGAACAAAUUUGUUAGCAUUCUAAGACACUAUCUCCGACGUUUUUGAAUGCUGUGCAGUUGUUUUUCAUUACAUAAAUCAUUUUCAAAUUCAGAAUCGUACUUUGAGCCCACAUUCCUUUUGGUAUCCGCCAUGAAAAAGUUGAUAACGCUUCUUGUCAAUCAAACUGCCGGCUACUGUUUUCUGAUUGGCUAAAAUAACGAUCGAAAGUUACCAAAAGGAUUUCACCGCAACCAAAAAAGGUAGUUACGCCGGGUUUCUUCGACGGAGACCAAAAGGAACGAGGGCUCAAGCAGCUCGCCAAGAGCACAAGUCACGUGUCCUUUUUAACACUUGAUGAAGCUGUACAGAGAUCUAUUCAAAACAGUUUUUCUAUAUGCAUUGACGAAUAAUCCUCGCAAGCGUUGAUUUUCUAGCGGCAAAUUCGAUUUCUUAAUAUCUUUGGAAAUGCUAAAAAUUAAAGCCAACAGCAUUGGCAAUGAUCCUAUGUUUAGGAACCUCAAGACUCUAACACUUCAAUCAAUUAAGUUAGCCAUUGGUAUGAUUGGUAGACUGUCUGUCUUAUUAUCCUGAGGCAAACAUGAAAAAAAUUAAUCUAAUUUUGUCACGAAACGAGAUCAAAACAAAUAUUCAACAAAAUACAAGGAAAACCAGAGCCAUAUAUGUAAAGGAAAACAAAGUAUGUAAGCUAAACAUUCAUAUAUAUGAACAAAAUAGUGUACGAUAUAAACAAGUGAAAAUAUUUCAGAUCUAGUUUGAAAGAAAUGUCAGUCGGAAAUGACGUGAGUAUAUUGAAUUUUGCGCUAUUUGUUUUUUUAUUUAGAAUUAACAAUUAUGACUUCCCCGAGAAAAAAAUCUUCCUGACAAAGGAAAUCUCAUUAGGAAUAUUAUUACAUCAAUAAAGGACCUGACGCGCAACGCGGCAUUAAGUUAAAAAUGGUAUUAAUUUUGUGGUUAUUGAGAAAAGAUUCGUUGUUAAUCAUGGUACUAAAAUGCACCUUCCCUGUGAUUUGACUUUCUAUUAUUCUACCAAGGCUUGAGUAUUUAAAAAAAUAACCACGCGCUUCAUUCUGUGCAACAUGGUAGCGUUGUACACAGUAUGAUGGUGAAAACUUCACUGCACGAACACAGUCAUACGAAAACUACUCAAUAACCAUCCAGACAGCAAGAAAAUAUCGAUGAACAAGAAAAAAAGAGAGUCAAGUUACGUGCGGUUUUCUCGGGCUUUGCCAAGCAGUCCUUCACUGACCAAUAAAAA